AUGCCUUUUGAGAAAAUGGCAACAUUCCUGAGCUUGCCAGCUGAACUUCGCAACCGCAUCUACGAGUACACUUUGACGGAUGAUUCGCCCUUAGGGUUACCUCAUCGCCCGUACUUCUUCUACCAGGAGCAAUGGACACCAAUAUUUUUCGCAUCGAGCGGGAAGAUCUAUAACGUCCUCAAAUUUGUUUGUCGCCAACUCCGCGCCGAAACAAGCGGGCUAGAUCUUGAGUACAACGACAUACUCAUCGAUGAUGGCAAACACGCACCUAUGCGUCGACUGCACAAUUUCUGCAAGAGCGAAUUUGACAUGCGAUGCAGUCCAAGAUUUUGCGGCUUCUUGAAUAGCAAAGUUGCCAGUCAACCAUGGCAAAACACUGCCGAUUUGGCUGAAUGGUGUGCGUUGAGGCCAAAACUCCGGGUGCACUAUCGCCUCAAAGGAUUCCAGCCCGGGGAGUUCAGAUUGCCAAAAGAUGUAACAAGAUGGAAUGAUUGGCAGCAAGGCUCAGCCGCUUGCAAUGCUGCUGCGUUCAUCACGGAUGGGGUCUACUUCACUAUCUUGUUGAGAGGGCAGCGCUGGUCGCCAAGCCAGUGGCAUAGACUGGGUUUUGGGUUCAUUGGAACUGGCAUAACGCGAGAGAGCAGAAUGCAGAGGAUGGAAAAUGUGGCUAAGUGGUCGAGAGACGAGUGGGAAGUAGAUGUACAUGGCAAGGUGGCAAAUCUGAAGUUCUUCCCUACUGGCAGGGGAUUUGAUCGUAUCAUGAAGGCCGCAGUGGAGUGUCUGGCGCGGGAGAGUUUGGCGAGUGAAGAAGUGCGGUGUGAAUGGAUGGCGAUGUGUAGAAAGUGGUAUACCGUGGGGAUCUAA